AUGGCCAAGAAAGAUAAGAAGUCUAAGGACGCAAAGAAGGCUCGUGCAGCUGAGAAGCAAAAGAAGCAAACUUCUAAAGCAGAGUCCAAGAAUAAGAAGCUUGCUAAGAAGUUGGGAGAAGAUGAUGAUGACCAAGAUAUUGAUGCAAUUUUAGAACAAUAUAAUCGUGAACAAGAAGAAUUGGUUGAAGUAAAAGUUGAAAUUUGUGAUAAACCACCAAGUAAGAGACUCAAUCCUAGUAUGAUUGCUUCACCUACUUCUGGGAAACGUGAAUUGAUUCUAUUUGGAGGUGAAUCAACUGAAAAUGGUGUUUCACAUUUUUAUAAUGAAUUAUACACUUAUACUAUCGACAAUGACACUUGGAGAAAAUAUACUUCCAAGAACUCACCAUUACCAAGAUCCUCUCAUGCUAUGUGUUCUCAUCCUUCCGGUAUAGCACUUAUGUUUGGUGGUGAGUUCUCAUCGCCCAAGCAAUCAACUUUCUAUCAUUAUGGUGAUACCUGGAUUCUUGAUGCAGAUAGUAAAGAGUGGUCUAAGAUUGAUGUUAAAAAGGGCCCUUCUGCAAGAUCAGGUCAUAGAUUAGCCGUUUGGAAAAACUACAUUAUUAUGCAUGGUGGGUUUAGAGAUUUAGGUACUAUGACCACUUAUUUAAAUGAUGUUUGGUUAUUUGAUAUCACCGACUAUAAAUGGACCCAAGUUGAAUUCCCGCCAACACAUACUAUCCCUGAUGCAAGAUCUGGUCAUUCGUUGUUACCCUGUGCUGAUGGUGCCAUUAUUUAUGGUGGUUAUACUAAAGUCAAGGCUAGAAAGGGUUUGCAAAAGGGUAAAGUAUUGAAUGAUUGUUGGAUAUUAAAAAUGAAAAGUGAACCUAAUGCUAUUAGAUUUGAACGAAAGCGUAAACAAGGUUUCGUUCCAAGUCCAAGAGUUGGUUGUUCUUUGGUUUAUCAUAAGAAUAGAGGGAUCAUGUUUGGAGGAGUUUAUGAUUUUGAAGAAAGUGAAGAACAAUUGGAAUCUGAAUUUUACAAUAGUUUAUAUUGCUAUCAAGUUGAAAGUAAUAGAUGGUAUAAUUUAAGUUUGAAACCACAGAGGAAAAGAAAGGAACAAGUUAAGGAGAAGACUAGAGAUGAAGAUUUGGAAGAUAUUUUGAAUUCGAUUUUAGCUAAAGCUAAUUUGAACGACGAAGAGGAGGAAGAGUUUAAGAAGGAAGGCUCCGUCCAAGAAGAACAAGAUGAUGAUGAAAAGGAAACUGUGGAAUAUCCAGUCAUGAAUCAAUUACCUCAUGCAAGAUUCAAUGCUACCACUUGUGUUGUUGAUGAUACUUUAUACAUUUAUGGUGGUAUUUUUGAAAGAGGAGAACAAGAAUUCAAUUUGGAUUCCAUGUAUGCUAUUGAUUUGGGUAAAUUAGAUGGAGUCAAGGUUCUUUGGGAAGAUUUAUCUGAAUUGGAAAAGAGUGAAGUUAACUCCGAGGACGAAGAAGAUGACGAAGAUGAUGAAGAUGACGAAGACGAGGAGGAGGGAGAAGAUGCCAAGCUUGAGGACGAGGACGAGGACAUUGAAGAAGAGGAAGAGGAAGAAGCUGAGGAAGUUGAAGAAGAAUUCCCAGAUCCAAGACCUUGGUUGCCUCAUCCUAAACCAUUUGAAACAUUGCGUGCAUUCUAUGUUCGUUCAGGUGCCCAAUUCUUAGAAUGGGCUAUUUCAAAUAACAAAUUUAAUAGAGGUAAAGAUUUGAAGAAAGCUGCAUUUGAUUUGUGUGAAGAUAGAUUCUGGGAAAGAAGAGAAGCGGUUUCCGUUUCUGAAGACAAUAUGGAAGAAUUAGGAGGUGUCGCUGAAAUUAUCGAAAGGGACGCAAGUAAGGUCACCAAGAGAAGAUAG